UCCUGGGCCAUUUGUGUCUCAGCCAGUUCCGGGACCUUCGACCCUCCCUCCCUCCCUCCAGAAUAAGAGGGCCCCUCCGUCGAAUACAACCCAGAAAUCCAACAUCAACCUGUUGUUUCUAUUCUCAUAGCAGGUUGAUGAGGAUGAAAUUUACAGGAGAGAAAAGAGGGCCAAUGAAGAAUCGGCUUGGGCUCAUCGUUCUUCUCAAGUAAUAUCCCAGUUAGCUCGAUGCUUUAUUGGCGUUGUAGCUAAUGCUAUGGUUGGAUCACGGUCAUGGAUUGGAGGAAUUUUUAAUCGCUUUGGAAACAGACGUAAUGGGAUGGAUACUAAUAUUAAUAAUAAACUCAAUGAAUUCACCUUAACUCCUAUUCAGGAAGAAAGGUAUCAUAAUCUUCAAGAACGAUCUAAUGCACCGUUUGAUGAAUCCUGCCCUGUUCAUCAGGAAGCACUUAGAGCAUUGUGGAAGUUGGCAUUUCCAGAGAUAGAGCUGAGAGGUUUGAUAUCGGAACAAUGGAAAGAAAUGGGGUGGCAAGGAUCUAAUCCUUCUACUGACUUCAGGGGGUGCGGUUUUAUAUCACUGGAGAAUCUGUUGUUUUUUGGAAGAAAAUACCCGGACUCUUUUCAUAGGUUGUUGUUUAAAAAAGUGGGGAAACGAGCAGAUUGGGAAUACCCAUUUGCUGUGGCGGGCAUUAACGUCUCAUUCAUGUUGAUCCAGAUGCUGGAUUUGUGUUCAGAGAAACCCAAAUGUCCUUCGGCAAUCAAUUUUGCGAAAUUAUUAGGAGAAGACGAAGAAGCAUUUGACAAUCUAUACUGCAUAGCAUUUGCGAUGAUGGACGCUCAGUGGCUGGCCAUGCGCGCUUCCUACAUGGAAUUCAACGAGGUUCUAAGGGUCACAAGAAUUCAGCUGGAGAGGGAGCUCUGUUUGGAAGAUGUACAGCGGAUGCAAGAUUUGCCGGCAUACAAUCUUUUGUUCUACUGAUCAUCGAUGAUAUAAAUAUAUAAUGUUCCAUUCCUUCAUUCAUUCAUUCCUUUUCCUC